AUGAAACUUUUGCCAUUUUGCUCCUGGCUCGCAUGCCUUCUCAUUUGCAUCAUGUGCUUGGGAUAUGCGUGCGGGACCAAAAGGCGAGAUGGGAGAGCCAGCAGAGACUUGGUGCGCAUUAGGGAAGCUACUGCAACCUCCUCUGGAGCCUGUGCCACUCGCUUGCCGCGGGGCAAACGCUCCUUGCCCGGGAUGAAUCGGCGCUCUCCUCGCCGGUAUCCCCGGUCCUCUCAUGCGGAGAAGAGCCCACCGGGGCGGCUGAAGGCUGUUUACUUUGCCGGCAGAAGUGAUCAGCUGCGUCUGAAGCCCAGCGUGGAGGUGCCGAGGGGGAAUUUCACUCUGGAAAUGUGGAUCAAACCCGAGGGUGGGCAACGGUCGCCAGCUGUAAUCGCAGGUCUCUUUGAUAAGUGCUUCUAUGCGUCCAGUGACCGCGGCUGGCUGCUGGGCAUCCGGUCCGUGAGUGACCAUGGCAACCGUGACCCACGCCUCUUCUUCUCCCUCAAAACGGACCGGGCGCACAAGAUGACCACCAUCACCUCCAACGCGGCCUACCUGCCUGGGCAGUGGGUACACCUGGCUGUUACCACAGCUGGCAGCACAUGCGCUCUCAUGGCAACGGGCGCUCAGCUGGCUGUCAGCCGUGAGCAGUCGGGCGACAUCUUCAGCCCGCUGACCCGGAAGUGCAAGGUGCUGAUGUUGGGGGGCAAUGCUCUGAGCAAUAAUUACCGUGGUAGUGUGGAGCGUCUGAGCCUGUGGCGGUAUGCCCUCUCACAGCGUGACAUCAUCAGGGCCAUGCCAAUGAGUGGCGCAGCUCGAACAGCGAGUCAGUCGCAGUUGGUGGUGUGGGAGGGCUUUGACCAGCCCACACGCCAUUGGCUUACGGUAAAGGAUGGGCGUCUACCCGAGGCGGAGCUGUCUGAUCGACUGGGAACAGGGGCGGGCUCGGAGGAGGGGCUUACCAUGGGGGAGGGGCUUAGCUCUCUGGACACUGCCUUGCCUCCACCUCCGUGCGGUCAGACAAUCUGCGACAACGUGAAAGUUGCGACCAACUACAACCGGCAGUGGAGUUUCCGCGGUCGGUUGAGGCCACCGCUGGUAACGUGGUUCGAUGACGACGGCCGGCGUCCGACAGUCACUGACCACCAGAUCCACCUGCAGCACCAGCACCUGAACGAGGCCUCCGCCGGGCAUACCAUCACCUGAGCGCCGUGGUCAACGCAGAACCCCGCCUCCGCGUCAGCCUGCCCGGCCAACUGCGACCUCAGCAAGGUUGGCGACGAGGCCUGCGACCCAGAGUGCAACCACGCCACAGGCUUCGACGGAGGCGACUGCCGCGCUCACCGGACCGACUGCCCCGAGCACAAGCAGGGCGACGGAGUGUGUGACCCCGAGUGCAACUCGGAGAACUUCUACUACGACUACGACGACUGCUGCAACCUCCCAACGCCACAGAUCGCCACAGCAUCUGCUUUUAACCCCGCCUCACCUCUCAGGGCAUACAUGGAUGUGAAGGAGCUAAAGGAGGCUCUAAAUCUGGAUGGCUCCGCCCACCUGAACAUCUUCUUUGCCAAUUCAUCUGACGAGGAUUUGGCAGGAGCUGCCACCUGGCCCUGGGACAAAGAGGCCCUCACACACUUAGGCCCAGAUAGUGCUGAACUGUGCCCAUGUAGUUUCUCUGACGCGUUUGGCCACAACACCAUGGUGGCGGGUGCGGUGGGCCACAGCCUGGGCCUGUACCACGUGUUCCGUGGCGUCUCCCGGUCAGGUCCUACAGCGGCUGAGACCGAGGCCUCCAUGGAGACGGGCGACCUGUGCGCCGACACCCGGCCCACACCCAAACACAAGCACUGCAGUGAUGACCCGCCACACACACACACACACACACUCAUGCACACUUCACACACACCCUUCAACAACUACAUGAGCUACGCAGAUGAUGACUGCACCGACUCCUUCACGCCUAACCAGGUGGCGCGGAUGCACUGCUAUCUGGACCUGGUCUACCAGACGUGGCGCUCGGACACUCGACCUGCGCCUGUUGCCAUGGCGCCCGGCCUGCUGGACGAGUCACAUGACUCCCUCACACUCGAGUGGUUCCCUCCAAUCACUGGACAGUUCUUUGACAGAGAAGUGGGAUCAGGUGUGUGUGCGUGGUGCACGGAGGGCCAUGUGGCUCUGUAUCUGCAGCCAGAUGGGAGUAGGGUGAAGAACCGGUUCAGGGGGAUGGAUUCCCAGAAGAUGGAGUGGAAGAUGGGAGAGAGCUCCAUUCGCAGCACUUCAGCACCUUGCCGGGAUGCCAUCUGGCCCUGGUGCCUUGCCAACUUUGCACCUGGCCAGCUGCUGCUGCACAUCCUCCUCUGUGAAGGGCCGGAUGGUGAGGUUCAUGGGAGGGAGGGUUCUGAGAAGUUCCUCACAGGUGGGGGUGUGGUCAUGGGUGUCGAACCGGGGAUGGUGGAGGUGGAGGAUCUUAAAGGGAUGGUGGAGGAUCUUAAGGGGAUGGUGGAGGAUCUUAAGGGGAUGGUGGAGGUUCUUAAGGGGAUGGUGGAGGCGGAGGAUCUUAAAGGGAUGGUGGAGGAUCUUAAGGGGAUGGUGGAGGUUCUUAAGGGGAUGGUGGAGGUGGAGGAUCUUAAAGGGAUGGUGGAGGUGGAGGAUCUUAAAGGGAUGGUGGAGGAUCUUAAGGGGAUGGUGGAGGUUCUUAAGGGGAUGGUGGAGGAUCUUAAGGGGAUGGUGGAGGUUCUUAAGGGGAUGGUGGAGGAUCUUAAGGGGAUGGUGGAGGUGGAGGAUCUUAAGGGGAUGGUGGAGGUGGAUGUUCUUAAAGGGAUGGUGGAGGAUCUUAAGGGGAUGGUGGAGGUUCUUAAGGGGAUAGUGGAGGUUCUUAAGGGGAUGGUGGCUGGUGAGGAGGAGGAGGAGGAGGAGGAGGUGUAUUUGGUGAAUGUCUUGUUGGGGCAGCAAAGUUGGCUGUCUGGAAGAGCAGGAAGAGCAGGAUGUUGGGCACUGGAACAGUCCUUCUUAAGGGGAUGGUGGAGGAUCUUAAGGGGAUGGUGGAUGGUGGAGGAUCUUAAGGGGAUGGUGGAGGUUCUUAAGGGGAUGGUGGAGGAUCUUAAGGGGAUGGUGGAGGAUCUUAAGGGGAUGGUGGAGGAUCUUAAGGGGAUGGUGGAGGUUCUUAACGGGAUGGUGGAGGAUCUUAAGGGGAUGGUGGAGGAUCUUAAGGGGAUGCUGGAGGAUCUUAAGGGGAUGAUGGUGGAGGUUCUUAAGGGGAUGGUGGAGGUUCUUAACGGGAUGGUGGAGGUUCUUAAGGGGAUGGUGGAGGAUCUUAAGGGGAUGGACCAGUUGCGCUCGGAGGCGGCUGAUGAUGGUGGGAUUUGGAGGAUGAUGCAGGCUACUGGCCCGCCGGACGUGGAGCAGGUGUGUGAGCCGAGCGUGCUCACCUGGAGUCCGAGCGCAGGGCAGGACGUGGGCAGUGUGGGCGUGGCCUCUUGCCCUCCGCAGGGCUGCAUGCUGCAGCUGGAGUUCCGCCACACGCUGCCCGCCAACGCCCUGACCCUCUGGGUCACCUACUUCUCGCCCGAGGAGACCGCCGCGCUGCCCGCCAUCCACAACGUGCUGCUGCUGACCACGCCGGGCGGCCGCAACCUGUCGCUCGGCCCGCAGGACGUCUUCUGCGACGCGCCGCUGACCCUCAAGCUGCCCAGGGCGGUCCGCGACGGCCUCGAGGACAUCUACGCCGUGCAGGUGUUCACCAUGGAGCAGCACCUGGAGAUCGACGGCGUCAUGAUGGCCUCGGGCCCCGAUUGCCCGCUGUGCCGCGCCUGCCGACCGCUACGCUACCGGCUGCUCCGCCAACCGCCCUUCAACCACGCCCCGCACGGGGUACUCAUGGAGGACGGCAACCGGAGAUACGUGGACAGAGAUGUGGAGUCUGGUGUGUUGUACACGUAUCGGGUGCAGACGGUGUCUCGGGGGGGAGAGAGUGAACCGUCUCCUCCACUCACACACCAGCUGGGGAACCCUUACUGCGGAGACGGACGCAUUCAGAGACACACAGGUGAAGAGUGUGAUGACAUGAACUUAGCUGAUGGAGACGGAUGCUCCAAUGAGUGCAAAAAGGAGCCGCUGUUCAACUGUGUGGAUGAGCCCAGCCUGUGUUAUUUCUAUGAGGGCGAUGGUGUGUGUGAGGACUUCGAGCGGGAGAUGAGUGUGAGGGACUGCGGCCUAUUCACACCCAGUGGCUUCCUAGACCAGUGGGCCACCGAGGUGCAGGCCUCACACACACACACACACUGCCCCGCAGAGUCCGCUGUGGGAUACCCUGCCAUCACCAAGAGCUGCCAGUCAAAGGUGUUCCAGGGAGACCUGUCCAAUGAGUGUCUCAAUCGCCUGGUUCCGUGCCAACAGGCCCACAAGAACCUGCAUAAACACACUACUGGCUCAAAGGCCAUUUAUUCGCACCCGAUGGUGGCUACAGCGGUCAUCGUCCACUUGGCUGCGGACGGAACUGGCUAUGUGGACCAGACACAGUGCAACAUCACCGUCCAGCUCAUCGACACCAAGAACCAAACGCACAGCCUGGGUGACUGGGGCCUGAGCUGCAGAAGUAACCCUCUGGUCAUCCCUGUGAGCCAUGACCUCAGCCGCGCCUUCUUCCACUGCAGCAGCGCCAUCCUGCUCUUGAUUCGCUCCCCCCUGCUGGCCGUGUCAGCGUCGGCCUCGCCUUCGUUCAGUCCACCCCCCAUCACCAUCAGCGGUUGCCAGAGCAACGAGAUCUACAACCCCAUGGGUCAAAGCUGCGUCCACUACUCCUGUGAUGCCAUCGACUGCCAGGAGCCCGUGGUGCAUGACGCCAGCAUAAGCUGCAGCAGCCCUGGCUACUUUAAUGGUGCGCGCUGCACUGUCAUCUGUAACCGUGGAUACACACUCAAGAUUCACAGGGACGACGACAUCAUCAAGACACAGUCGGACUCUACGGCGACGCUCACCUGUGCUGACGGCAAGUGGAACAAGCAGGUGUCGUGCGAGCCCGUGGACUGCGGCCGGCCGGAUAAGUACCACGUGCACCCUGCCCGCCCUCUUCCCAGGCACCACCACGGCAGCGCCACCUUCACCUGCCGCCCCCCAGCACAGCUCGUAGGCUCUGAUAAUGUCCUGACGUGCCUGGAGGACGGCAUGUGGUCAUUCCCUGAGGCUCUGUGUGAGCUGCGCUGUCCGGCGCCCCCUCCUGUUCCCCAUGCGGUACUGCAGAGCAAGCGCUGCAAUGCCACUGGCCUCAAGGUCGGCUCCUUCUGCAAGUACAAGUGCCUGCCAGGAUACCACGUUCCCAACACCAGCAAGCCCAGGAGGCGGGCGUUUAAGCUGCAGUGUACGGAGGAGGGCAGUUGGCAGGACGGCGCGUGUGUGCCAGUCACCUGUGAGGCUCCUCCCCCCGUGUUCCACGGCUCGUACCAGUGCACCCACGGCUUCCAGUUCAACAGCGACUGCCGGCUCAGCUGCCCAGCCCAUGCCCACCCGGCCCACAGUGCCAGCCAUGCCACCCUCACGGUGAGAGCCUCUGGACGCUGCCCGCAGGGUUCCGUGUCAACCGUGAUCCGCUGCAGAAAGGAUGGGAACUGGACGGGUUCCUUCCAGCUGUGUCCUCACCUCACUGGGCAGUGCGCUCUCCCCCAGAACACCAGAACCGGCCUGCACCUGACCUGCAGGGACGGACACGGCGUAGGAAAGGAGUGUGAGCUGGCGUGCAGAGAUGAGAACAAUAAUGUGGUCGUCCUGCCAAGAAACAUGUCCACUGAUGACCUCAUGCGAGACCACUGGAGGAACCCCCAAAAGUUAAAAACUAUCGUUUGUACUAUGGGACUGAAGUGGUACCCAGACCCCGAGUCCCUGCACUGCAUCAAAGGAUGUGAGCCGUUCAUGGGUGAUAAUUACUGUGAUGCCAUCAACAACAGAGCCUUCUGCAGCUACGAUGGAGGAGACUGCUGUCACUCAACAGUCAAAACCAAAAAGGUAAUCCCGUUCCCCAUGUCAUGUGACCUGCGGGAGGACUGUGCAUGCAGAGACCCCAGGGCUCAGGAGAACAGCGACGGCCAUCGCCAGCGUUACCUCGGCUGACCCGCUGGAUUGGACCCCCCCACAAACUCUGACCCCCGCAACCCCAAACGAGCUGCUUUUAAAAGGACCCAUCCACUCAUACCCCCCCAUCAUGACCCUCUCUGACCCAGGCACAUGGGAGUGGAACACUACCAAACACAGAGACGUUUCUUUACUUCUCCCUCUUUCUCUCUCCAUGUCUCUCUCUCUUUCUCUCUCCAUGUCUCUCUCUCUUUCUCUCUCUCUUUCUCUCUCCAUGUCUCUCUCUCACUCUCUCUCUCCAUGUCUCUCUCUCACUCUCUCUCCAUGUCUCUCUCUCUCUUUCUCUCUCUCUAAGCAGAGGUAUUUUUAUAAGUGUGCAAAAACACACUCACACUCACUCACACACU